CAUGUUUUUUGCAUCAUAUUUGAUAUUGUUGUAUCACAUAUCGUUCACAGAAAAUUACAUAUUCCUCAGGCUCCAAUGAAAAUUUGUGCUGUUGAUCUUCAUCUGCUGGUCAGAGGCUUCAGAGAUUGCAGUGGCGUAAUAAAGCAUGGCUGUCCAAUAUAACAUCCCAUGGCACAUGCUAAAGGGGCUUGACCCUGGCAACUCAGAAAUAUGCACUUUGAAAGGUUCUGUCACUACAGGAUUGGAACCGAGUGCUAGGGAUGAAAUUGCAGCCAAGCUAAAGAGUGUUGCAUUUUGUGCUCGUGGCAGAGUCUUCUUUGAUGUCAAGAAGGACCAACUAUCAGCGGUAUUAAAGCUGAGAUCUUUGGACCACAUCAAUGUUCUGGUUGCUGUUCAACCACAGUUUGGAUUCACCAAGAAUAAGGUGGUCUGCCUGAAGAAGCUGCGCCUGCUGCCGCGCACGCUCGACUGGACCAAGGCGCUGACGGUGUGGCAGAGCUGCGGUGGAUUCGCCGGCGACCCGUUCACGCGGCGGCCUGACCACCAGCUGGAGGUGAUCGAGCUGGCGGCCGAGCCGGCCGGCGCCGCCGGUGACGGCCGCGCCUCCGCCCGCGACCUGCUCGACGGCAUGCGCGCGCCCGUCGUCGCCACCAAGGUGACGGAGGGCGGGGAGGCGGUGGAAGGCGACCCGGGGCGUGGGGCCGCCGGAGGAGACGCGGCGAUGGAACCGGAGUCAAAGCACGCAGAGGUGGAGGGAGGUGGCAAUGCAGGGGCGGCGGGCGGAGAGAUAGUGGAGGUAGCUGUUGAGGCCAAUGAAGCCGCGUCCAGUGACGCUGGCGCCGCGGCGGCGGAAGCUGUGGAGGGCGCCACUGAAGCGUCGGAGAUGGAGCCCGCGGGCAAGGGCGACGCGGUCAGAGGAACGACCUCAGACGCUGCUGAGAAGCCUGCCUCCGUCGAGGCGCAAGGCGUGGCUGAGGAGAAGAUACAGAGGACGGUGCCGGGCGAAGCACAGAACAUGCAAGAAGCGGUGCAGCAUGUGGCGCCCGACAAGACUCUGGACCCGCCCGCCGAGAGUACCGAAGACCCGGCCACCAACCCCGUCCCCGACGCUACGCCUGACGCGGCGCCUGCCACCGCUCCUGGCUCAGCUCAGGAGCCGUCAGUGUCGGCGGCCGGGGCCGCCCAGGAGCCUGCGGCAGAGCAAGCGACCGGCGCCGUCACCGUGCCCGCCUUCCGUGCCACCUGCUUCCGAGCUGGCGGCGGGAAGCAGGGACACGCCUUCUCCUCCAACGAGGGCGCCGAGAACUUCGGCGGCGCCGUCCAGGACCUGUUCGGCUGGAAGGUCAGCAUGAAGGGCUACGACUUGGAGGUUGUCCUGGACGUGGAGUUUGACAUGGUGAGUGUGGGCGUGUCGCUGACACCGCGCGCCCUGUUCUACCGCAACCUGGUGAAGCUGGGACCCACCUCGCUCCGCUCCACCGUCUGCUUCAACCUGCUGAUGAUCGCCAAGCCACAGCCGUACGAGGUGGUGGUGGACCCACUCUGCGGCGGAGGCUCCAUCUCACUGGAGGGCGCCCAGGCUUUCCCGGGCACGUUCCACAUCUGCGGCGACAACUACCCGGACGCGGCCGGACGGGCGGCGCUGAACCGCGAGUUCAGCAGCCGCCAGUGCAGCGACUCGGCCCAGCUGCCAAUCGACAUCUUCACCUGGGACUGCACCCGGCUGCCGCUGCGCAACGCCUGCGCUGACGUCAUCGUCUCGGACAUGCCGUUUGGGAAACGGAUGGGUUCGAAGUACGACAACCGGACGCUGUACCCCAACUGUAUGGAGGAGAUGGCGCGCAUCUGCGUGCCGCGCUACGGCCGGGCCGUGCUGCUGACGCAGGACAAGAACACCAUGCAGAAGACGCUGUACCACCAGCGCAUCAAGCAGUUGUGGCGAUGCCGAGCCUCGCCGUACGUCAACAUCGGCGGCCUGGCCGGCUACGCCUACCUCCUGCAGCGCACAGACUACGUGCGUCGCCCGCCGCCGACCCGGGGGCCGUGGAGGGCGCCCGGGCCGGGCGGGCCCGGCGCCGCGGCCCGGCCGCCAGCGGGCGCCGACGAGACGGUGGCGGCUCUGGCGCGCCCCGGCGCCGAGGCCGAAGACGGGGCUGCAGCUUCAGGCGCUGCGGCUGGAGAGGCGGGGUCGGCCGACACCGCGGUCAAAGUCGUGGCAGCGACUGACGGCGACAAAGUCGCAGUCUCGUCCGAAGCAGGUCCUGACGUCACGGACUCGGCCGGAGCGGCCUCUGACGUCCCGGUGUUGGGCGGGGCGGCCCACGACUCCGUGAGCCCGGUGCCCGCCGCCGCCACUGACUCUCCUGACGCCGCCCCAGUGUCUGCUACGGCCGCGGGCCCGGAGGCGUCCGGCCGGGAGUAGGGCCAGCCGCGCAGACUGGCUGGACCGGGUUAGCAGGGAUCUGACCAAGCUGAGCCACCGCGGUGGUGGUGCGCAUGAUUGGUGUCGUGGGUUCGUUCGCCUAUUGUGAUAGCCGAGAGCUGCUUUUUGUAUCGUUUUCAGUCAAGCUUGUUCUGUUCUGUUCUGUAGGGGUUCCAGUGGUGUGUUUGGUGGUUCGCUGCGUUGUUUGUACCUACUGUCCGCGAAGUCGUAAAACUGGAACAUUUUAUUCAAAUUCGAACAAUGAUUAACUUUACGAUACACCGAUCUCCAAGAACACCAUAAAGCGUUUGAUGCGGAUAUAGUCCUUCCGUUAGCUGUUUAGACGUAUCUACAUAUACAAUGAAAACACGGUCAGACGAUAAUUAUCACAAGAAACGUCGAACAGACACAAAGAGGUGCAAUUUAGCUUGAGCUCCGGCAAUAUCGCAGAGAAAUACAAAACAUACCACUGUAACGCCCGCUCCAGCGUAAUAAAGGCCUUUGUACA